AUGAAAUUUAUAUACCGGCGUACACCACACGCCCGCCUCACGCCACUCACCACCGCACGCCCCCCUCACACUACUCACCACCGCACGCCCCCCUCACACUACUCACCACCGCACGCCCCCCUCACACUACUCACCACCGCACGCCCGCCUCACACUACUCACCACCGCACGCCCGCCUCACACUACUCACCACCGCACGCCCCCCUCACACUACUCACCACCGCACGCCCGCCUCACACUACUCACCACCGCACGCCCGCCUCACACUACUCACCACCGCACGCCCCCCUCACACUACUCACCACCGCACGCCCCCCUCACACUACUCACCACCGCACGCCCCCCUCACACUACUCACCACCGCACGCCCCCCUCACACUACUCACCACCGCACGCCCGCCUCACACUACUCACCACCGCCUCACACUACUCACCACCGCACGCCCGCCUCACACUACUCACCACCGCACGCCCCCCUCACACUACUCACCACCGCACGCCCGCCUCACACUACUCACCACCGCACGCCCCCCUCACACUACUCACCACCGCACGCCCCCCUCACACUACUCACCACCGCCUCACACUACUCACCACCGCACGCCCGCCUCACACUACUCACCACCGCACGCCCCCCUCACACUACUCACCACCGCACGCCCCCCUCACACUACUCACCACCGCACGCCCCCCUCACACUACUCACCACCGCCUUACACUACUCACCACCGCACGCCCGCCUCACACCACUCACCACCACACACCCUCUCUCCUCACACCACCCACCACUGCAGACUGUAUAAACAGUAG